UCACGGUAUCAAGAUGGGUACGAACAGUGAGUUAGUUUCGCGCGAAAAAUGCCGCAUGGUGAAGUUCAAAAUUUUCCGUCGUCUGAGAAUCGAGCUGAAUCCCGUCGUAACCAUAGUCUCAGCGCUUAUAAUUUGGGGUUUUGUCAUCUACUGUUUGGUUGACACCAAAACUGCGGCAGCAGAGAUUCCCAAAUGGAAAGACUGGAUCACGUCGACUUGGACGUGGCUCUACAUCGGAACCCAGGAUGUAUGGGCUGUCUUCAUGUUCUAUCUUCUUUUCACAAAGUAUGGUAAGAUUAAACUUGGCCGACCCAACGAGAAACCCGAGUUCUCAGAUGUGACGUACUUUACAAUGUUGUUUGCGGCUGGAGUGGGAGUCGGGUUGUUUUACUUUGGAGUGGCUGAACCUAUUCAGCACUAUCAGCCAAGCCACGAAAAGGCGUACGGUAAUCGCUACCAAGGAAGGUUUUCAGACAACCUUCGAGCUCAAGAUGCCAUAAACAUAACAAUGUACCAUUGGGGAAUACACGCCUGGGUUGUCUACACAAUGAUUGGAAUUGUACUUGGAUACCUUUCCCAUAACAAAGGUAUGCCCUUAACUAUGAGGACGUGUUUUUACCCUCUUAUUGGUAAGAAGAUCUAUGGAACGCUUGGUGACAUCAUCGAUAUCUUGUCUGUGGUCUGCACCAUGUUUGGAGUGUGCACAAGUCUCGGUGCCGGUGCCAUUCAACUAAACAGUGGAAUCCAUCGUUUGAAUAACGAUUUUCCAGAGAACAAAGAAAGCCAGGUCAUCAUAAUUUGGGGUAUCACAGCAGUGGCAACCCUUUCCGUCAUCAGUGGCAUUCAUCUAGGCAUCCGUCGGCUAAGUGAGAUUUGCUUUGCUCUGGGAAUGUUUAUCUGGUUUGUGAUCUUCUUUUACGGCGAGCCCUGGUACUAUCUGAACGUCAUCGUCCAGAGUGUCGGCUACUAUCUUCAAUGGAUAAUCCAACUUGGCUUCCAUACAGACGCCUUUGCACAAAUGGGAGACGCACCAGAUUUGAAACAAGCACCUCUCUGGAUGAACGAUUGGACAAUAUWCUAUUGGGGCUGGUGGAUCGCGUGGUCGCCUUUCGUUGGAAUAUUUAUCGCAAGAAUCUCUAGAGGUCGAACCAUCUCACAGUUCAUCUUGUACACUCUAACAAUUCCAGUGGUGUAUUGUUUUAUCUGGUUUUGUGUGAUGGGUGGCGUCGGCCUACGCAUGGAAAGAGCUGCUGCCAAUGCAAACAUAACCUGUUCCUCAAUACGUGGAGGUACGAAUUCCAGUGUGUCCGAGAAUGGUCUUUACCGCCUGUCAUGUCGUAAAAGCACUGAUAUGUGGUUCGAUGUCAUGGAGUCCUAUGGUGGGAUCAGUACGUUUCUUUCAUCAAUGUCCGUAAUUGCUUUGAUCUUGUACUUCGUGACAAGCUCCGACAGUGGAUCGUUGGUUGUUGACAGUCUUUCAGCAAACGGCCAUCCAGAUCCACCAGUUCUUCAAAGAGUGUUUUGGGCAUUGACAGAAGGAGCCACAGCAACUGGUCUUCUCUGGGCUGGAGGUAGCAAAGCUCUAUCAGCUCUUCAAUCAGUAUCCAUCUGCUCUGGUCUUUUCUACACUGUUAUACUAAACUUUGUUUGUGUAUCGAUCUGGCGUGCAUUCAAGAUCGAGAUGGGCGAAAUGGACCCCAAUGGACCACAGUUCUCCUUUGGACUUCUCGAUAUUUUCUAUAGCAUUCCUACUGCUGACACGAUGAUUAAUUUGAUUACGGCAAUCAUUGCUCCAUGGUGGCCCAUAGGAAAAGCGGCUUCAAAAGUGUAUGGAUCCAACCGCUUCGUUGCAAUGCUGUUUUUAGCAAUUCCCUUCUACGCGUGGAUAAUUUUGGAGAUCUGUCAAAUUGUUGAGGUUGGUUUGGCGUACAUCGGUUGGGCAGUGCUCUUUGGCUUCUUUGCAUAUGGUACCGGUGUCCGUGCCACCAUACGAGAGAAAUACGGCAUUGUGGGUAACCUUGCUGAAGACGCAUUUGCUAUGAUAUUGGUAUAUCCAUUGGCAGCCAUGCAGAUGGAUUAUCACAUGAGAGUUAACGACCGUCCAUACGAAAACGACAAUCCAGCAGACAUGGGAAAUUCCAACAUGGCGCACGACGACUUGGAAAGCAAUGAAAAGGGAGAAAAAAGUCAUCAGAAUAGCACGUAUCUUUGAGCUAAAUAUGACCUCCAAGAAGGAAUAUAAUCACAUAACCAACAUUUUGAAAGAGACGUAACCACACGGAAUCACGAUAAUAUCACACUUAUUGGAAACACUUAUAUAGAUCGGAAUUUCUCGAUAUUUCAAUGGUCACAUGGAUUCAUAAACAAUCAAUAUGACAAGCAACAUUUUCAAACUUAGAAGAAUCUCCCUAAAACAAACAAAUAAACUGAUAUAAGAGAAGUUAUACCUUGCAAGCGUUGGAUAUUCCCUAUUGUUGACCACAUAAUUGUCCUCUGUUAAACUGCAUUUAUGAACUGUGAUAUGUUAAAAGUCCACGUGCAUCCAAGAACUUUUGCGCAAAUUUCUCACAUUCUCAAAACUCGCAAUCUCUGAUUUUGAACCAAUCAGAAAGCACCUUUCAAUAAGAGCUCAUCAUGGAUACACGUAGGCUUUUAAAGCUCAGAGAACGUUAACUCGGGCUGCAUCAUAUUGGAUUGGAAGUGCUAUCCAUGGGAUUUUUUGAUUUAUCAAAAUGUUUUCUCUAGUGCCUUUUGACAGCUAAGAAGAACAAAAUGUACAUUUCAUAUUAUAAUCUAAUGCCUAAUAAUUUUGGAGUAGCAUCCAACUUUUUUUGGAUAACUGCUAAAUUGUUCAAAACUGCCAUUAUCAUUUAUUACUAUUAAAUAAUAGUCAGAAGUAUUUGUGCAAAAUGCAUCUAGCAGUGCAAUAAUCAACAGUCAAACCAAGUUCUUUCUUUGUAAACUUCGCUAACUAUGAUUACAAAAUAAAAACGCAUGGAUACUAUGGAUGAUUUGGUCUAUGAUUGCAAUGAUUACAAUAUACGCAAGGAUAAUACCGAUGAUCAGGCCUAUAAUAGCAAUGAUAACAACAAUACUUACAAUAUAGAAUAAAGAUAAAUUUAAAAACGUAAAAAAGUAGGUGAAAUAACUUACUGACGUUUCGGACGUUAUUUUACCGUUAAUCCUCCGACGAAAGUUAUUUGACCUACUUUUUUACGGUAUUAAAUUUAUCUUUUUACAAAAUUUUUUGAUUACAAUAUACCCAAAGACGACACCAAUGAGUUGGCCUAUGAUAGCAAUGAUUAAAAUACUCGCAAAAAUGAUACUGAUGAUUAUGACAGCACUGAUUGCAGUAUACGCAAUAAUGCUACCGAUAAUUCAUAACCCUUUAUUAUCGAUAGGUGUGGUCGUUAACACCUUACGUCUAAAUGCUGACAUUUUAAUUUGAAGGUCUUUUGGCCUUCGGGUGCUUGUUGUUUGUUAUUGUUGAUCAACUCGGUGUACACGAUUACCCUAUACUUACAUAGAGUUAUAAUGUAAAUCAAGAUACCGAUUAGCCAAAAUAUGUCGUGGUAGGCAGCGAAAAUAAAGUAAAACUAAAAGGAACGAUGACUUAAGGGAAAUGGUCGUUGGCAUUAGCUUGAUCAACGGUAUCAUCCUGCGUAUAUUGUCAUCAUUGCUAUCAAAGGGCUAAUCAUUGGCAUCAUCAUUGCGUAUAUUGUCAUCAUU